AUUCAAACUCCAAAAAAAUUUUGAAAACGAAAUUAGUUUUUUUAUUUUUUUUACUGAAAUUCAAAGCAAAUUCUUUGUAGAUUUAGCACACGGCAUUUUGAUGUCAUUGUAUGCAUGGUUGAUGAGAAAACGUAUACUGAGAUGGGAUCUUCAAAUAUUUUUGCGCCUCUCCAAAUGAAGUCCUUAAUUUAGCAGCCGCAUCUAGCUUGUAUCAGGGCAUGAGCCCGCGACCGCCAGGGAAAGAGCGAGGCGAGUACAAGUAAAGGGAGAGGACAGAGGGUGGGGAGCCUGAGGCUCGGCCCGAGGCCAAAGCCCGAGGAUAUGGAAGCAUGGAAGCGACGCAAACAAGCCGGCGCCGGGGGAGGGACACCCCCGCCAGCGAGGGUUCUUUGUCUUGCUGCCGGCGUCGCUCGACGAUCAUUGCUGAGUGAUUUGUUCAUUGUUGGCUACAGAUGCAGGGCAAGGUGGCAGCCCAACAACCUCAGCAUCAGCAGUAAUGAGUCAAAACAGAAUCCCAUGUGAAAUCAUCAUUGAGUUGUAAGUGAUUGCAUGUGAUGGUAAUGAUGCCAUGAUAAUUGGGCUUUUUAUGAUGGUUGGUGGCAGGUUGACAUUUGACAGCUGGUGUCAGGUGCAUGACGAUGAACGUCCGAGACCUGUCGUCAAGAGUAAGGCUAGUAGGAAGUCUUCUGAACGAAUACGGUUCGCUACACGCUCACAUGUUAAAGGAACAGUAACAUGUCAUUUAUGCCCUAAGUCAAUUUCAACAAAGAAUUUCCCACGUCAUGUGAAAUCGAAACAUAGAGAAGCUUACUUAGAUGCUAUGAGAAAAAAUCCCCGUGGUGUUACUGGCUAUCUCAUAGAGAAGGCUAUUGUAAAAUCUCGUUCUACAAGGGAAAACGAUGACAAUGAGCCAGUCACUGUCAUUAUCACUGACAACGAGCCUGACAUUACUGCCAAUGCCGAAACACCGUUGGGACAGGGAUCCCCUAGUGUACUGAUACAUACUAUCGCAAGUGAGAGAAACGAUGUCAUGACAACUGAGAGAGACUCCGUUCAAUCAUCAUACCACGAGCACCCAUCUCCGGAUCGAAUUAAUCAAGUCUGUGAUAAUUAUCCCGGCCGCACGAGCCCCCCCGUAACUGUGACAGAUACCACACAAGAACGGGACACAGCGCAGAGCACGUCGACACCGACCGUACGGCUGCAGCAGGCUGAGUGUAUAAGUGAAGGUGGUGCUCAGCAGCCAGGUGUCAUGGGUGACGAUUUGGUUGAAUCCCAGAUGUUACGAGACAUACUGUGUGAAAUUCGUAUGCUAUCUAGGAAAAUCGAUAGUCACGACUCUGAAUUUGUUUCGCGCGCCUCUCUCAGGAAAGAGAUGACUGAGCUUGAGAAAAAAAUUUCUCCAGGAGCAGCAAAGGCACGAAGUGCUGACACUGCCAAACAGUUUCCAUGGCUUCUCACUCGGGGUACAGGCUCAGAGGAAUUAGGAUUUUGUUCAACGUGCAUUGCUAAUAAGGCAACUGUUUCGGCCAUGCGAGGCCAGCAUAAAGCACUGCGUUGGACAACGGAAGGCGUUUCGCUAAAAAAGAAUAGACUUGAAAUUAUCGCUAGGCAUGCAGCCACUGCUGUUCAUAAGGCAUGCAUGCAGGUGCCUGAAGAGCGUGACAGAAUACAAAGCCUGUUUGGUUUACAGUGCGAGAAGCAUAAACGGCUAGAUGAUAAUCUGACAAGGGACAUGCUGAUGGCUGCAUAUCAUAACCUGCUAUUGGGGCAUUCUUAUGCUGCAUUUGAGUCACUUAUGAAUAGAUUGUUCUCAAAUAUGAUGUCUACAAAAGAAACAUUCUCACACAUUGAUUGGAACACAAGUCGUAAGGCUGCUGCCUCUGCAAUAGACGUUAUAUAUGAAGUGCUUCGAAAGUCACAUUGCAGUUUUUUAAAAUCUGUAAAUCCGACAACAGGACGUCUAACGUGAUCUUCUAAUGUCGUGUUAUGGGCGCCGAUGACCACUGCAGUCCGGACGCCCAAAAACCUCAAACCAUCGCCGUCAUCAUCAUCAUCAUCAUCAUCAUGGCUUCUUAUUCUCAGUGGCAUUUAUGAUGGGACCUUUCGUUCAGCUGAUGGCUGACCGCCCGGUGACGACCGUUUGUGUAGUGUUGUGCGACUUUGU